CUGAGUCGCUGAAAACUUUGUUAUUCGCAAUAAUGUUUGGAGCCAGUCAUUUCAACACCAAUACCAAAAACAACAACAAUAACAACAACAACAACGCAGGUAGUGGUAGCAACAGUAGCAAUAUCAAUACCAACAUAGGCAUUGGCACCUCACUUCCGAAUGUUUUGUCAAAUUCCACUCCUUUGAAUACAAUCAAUACCCCAGAUGGAAGUAUUUCAUCGUUAACUAACACAGUUCACAUUCGGCCAUCCACGACAAUGAUGUCUAACAACAAUUUAAACGGACAGAUGCAGUCCUUGCAACAAGCACAGGCACAACCAAAUCAUACUCAUGUUCAACAACAGCCCCAUCCUCCAGUUCAGGUUCAACAUAUGCACCUGCAUUACUUACAUCAACAACAAAUAUUACUACGGCAGCAACAGGCACAGCAGCAGGCACAACAACAGCAACUGUUAUUGCAACAGCGCCAACAACAACAGCAGCAGCAACAACAACAGCAACAACAACAGCAACAACAACAGCAGCAACAACAGCAGCAACAACAGCAGCAACAACAGCAGCAACAGAUACAGCAGCAACAGCAAAUACAUCAGUUACAGCUACAGCUACAGCAGCAACAGCAACAGCACCAAAAACAGCAACUGCAGCAGUACCAGCAGCAGGCACUCUUACAUGCAGGACAUCAAGGGUUGCAGGCACAGUCUAUGCCUGCUUCAACGCCGCUAGGUUUCCAUUAUCAAGCACCUUUUCAGGGAUCUAACAUGGGCCCACCAGGACAUCUAAACACCAUACAGCUACAGCAGCAAAAACAAAUGCAUUUGCAACAUCAACAGGCACGGCUACCGCAACAGAUUAUCCAUCCAAAUCAAUUGCAUCAAGCGCAACAUCAACAGCAAUUACAGCUUCAGCUUCAGCAUCAGCAACAACAACAGCAACAACAACAGCAACGACAACAACAGGCCCUCGAACAGAUGCAACAGCAACAGCAACAGCAACAGCAACGUCAAGAAAUUAAGUCUCCACAACAACCUCAGCUUCAGCAUCAAUUGCAACCGGAGCAAAUAGCACCAAAGCAAGAAUUGCAAAGGCAUGAGCAUUCGCAGAAAGGGCCACAGGACCUAGAGCACGAAACAAAUGAACAGCAGAAGCAGCAACAGUCGAAUCAGUCCCGACAUCCUCAGAAUGAAGAGGGCCGACAACAACAACAACAACAACAACAACAACAGCAGCAGCAGCUUCAACGGAUAGUUCAGCAACUCCCUCAACAACAACAAGAAGGACAAGACCAGCCUACGUCAUUUAUGACCCACCAUCAAUCACAACCUCAACAUCAACUGCAGCAAUCGCCGAUGCAGUGGCAAGGAGUCCCAUUCGGGCAUACAAGCACACUGCUUUCUCAUCCUCCCGAAGAAGAACAAGAGCCGAAAGCUACUCUGUUACUACUGCAGUAUUGUCAGCAACUGAUUCCCCAUGAUGAGAACCAGACGAUUCAGUACUGGCAAGCUUUUGUCAACAAGUUCUAUUCUGCUGAUGGUAGCCAAAAGUAUACUCUUUUCAACCCCUCCAGUAAAGAAACCAAAGUGUUUGCACUAUUAGCAGAGUAUUACUCUGUGAAUUAUCAAGCAGGUGUCCGGGAAAUGAGAAUUACUUUAGACGGUGCUCUCGAGUCAGUAUCAAAAAUACCAUUAGUUAUGAAAUGUCCUAGAGUAUCCUUAAUAUCAGACUACGUUAACGGGACAAAGGUCGUGAUGGCUGCCGAUCUGAAGGUCGUGUUCACACCAGAAUUCAAAUUCGAGAGAAUGGAAAUCACGGUAUCAGGCUUCCAGGAAUUAGUUCCUCGUCCAAAGGAUGAAUUACCACCCAGUCCAAGUCUUGAUGCAAAAACGGAAAUCAAGAAGAAGUCCAAUGCUAAACGCUCGCAGACUGCUCUGAGAAACGUACAUUACACUAUUCCGGACAGCAUCGUAAAUGAGUUUGGGGUUGCGAGUAAAACCAUGGGAAAGCUUGAGAUACUCACCAUGCGAUCUAGAAUGCCCAAGUUGAUGCAACAGUCAGGUAUACGGAUGACAACAGGUAGAGGACCCUACACAGUUAAAGCUACAAGCAACGCAGGACAGUCAACCCUCCGUGAAAUUGGAAGACAACACUUCUCAAUCUAUAUCAAGCCAUAUGGUCAUGGAAGGAGCCUCAAAUCAAAUACUGAAUGUCAAUGGUCAUGGAAACACAUUACAACAUGAUACAUCAAUACCCUCAACAGGAAUAAAACGCAGGUUAUC